AUGAUCUCCGCCGUGUCCAGCCCGUGGCUCACGCAGCUCUCGCACUUCUGCGACGUUGCAGCCUUCACGGCCAGCAGCCUGAGCAGCCUGGGGGCCGCGGGGGGCUUCCCGGCCGCCGCGUCGCCGGGCGCGGACCCCUUCGGCCCGCGCGAGCCCCCGGCGCCGCCGCCGCGCUACGACCCGUGCGCCGCCGCCGCCCCGGGCGCCCCCGGCCCGCCGCCGCCUCGCGCCUGCCCGUUCGCGCCCGCCGCGGGGGCCGCCACGAGCGGCGCGGCCGAGCCCGAGGGCCCCGGGCGGUGCGCGGCCGCCAAGGCGCCGGUGAGGAAGAACGCGAAGGUGGCCGGCGUGAGCGUGCAGCUGGAGAUGAAGGCGCUGUGGGACGAGUUCAACCAGCUGGGCACCGAGAUGAUCGUCACCAAGGCCGGCAGGCGUAUGUUCCCCACGUUCCAAGUGAAGCUCUUUGGCAUGGACCCCAUGGCCGACUACAUGCUCCUCAUGGACUUCAUACCUGUGGAUGACAAGCGCUACCGGUACGCUUUCCACAGCUCCUCCUGGCUGGUGGCUGGGAAGGCCGAUCCUGCCACGCCAGGCCGAGUACACUAUCACCCGGACUCCCCAGCCAAGGGUGCACAAUGGAUGAAGCAAAUUGUAUCCUUUGACAAGCUCAAGCUGACCAACAACCUGCUGGAUGACAAUGGCCACAUUAUUCUCAACUCCAUGCACAGAUACCAGCCUCGCUUCCACGUUGUCUACGUGGACCCACGCAAAGAUAGUGAGAAAUAUGCAGAGGAGAACUUCAAAACCUUUGUGUUCGAGGAGACACGGUUUACAGCGGUCACUGCCUACCAGAACCACCGGAUUACACAGCUCAAGAUUGCCAGUAACCCUUUCGCCAAAGGCUUCCGAGACUGCGACCCUGAGGACUGGCCCCGAAACCACCGGCCCGGUGCGCUGCCGCUCAUGAGCGCCUUUGCGCGCUCGCGGAACCCGGUGGCCACCCCCACGCAGCCCAACGGCGUGGAGAAAGACGCGGCCGAGGCCCGGCGGGAAUUCGAACGAGACGCGGGCGGGCCGGCAGUGCUCGGGGACCCGGCGCCCCCGCCGCAGCUUCUGGCGCGGGUUCUGAGCCCCGCACUGCCGGGGGCCGGCGGGGCCGGCGGCCUCGUCCCGCUGCCGGGCGCUCCCGGAGGCCGGCCCAGCCCCCCGCAUCCUGAGCUGCGCCUGGAGGCGUCCGGCGCGCCCGAGCCGCUGCACCACCCCCCCUACAAGUACCCGGCCGCCGCCUACGACCACUACCUCGCCAAGGCCCGGCCGGCGCCCUACCCGCUGCCCGGCCUCCGCGGCCACGGCUACCACCCGCACGCGCACCCGCACCCGCACGCGCACCCGCACCACCACCACCACCCGGCCGUGAGCCCGGCCGCCGCCGCCGCGGCCGCUGCGGCCGCCGCGGCCGCCGCCAACAUGUACUCGUCGGCCGGCGCCGCGCCCCCCGGCUCCUACGACUACUGCCCGAGAUAA